AAAAAAAACCACCAAAUUAGCACAUAGAAUUAUUCCAUUGAAGCAUCUCCUCAUAAACCACAUCUCUCUAUAUAUACUCCACCAUCCAUGCAAUGACUCUUUGAUUCUUUCUAUAUAUUCAAAAGAACUCAAUUAAGUAAUUGCCAUGGGUGAAGGUCUCAAGCUUGUUUAUCAUCAUACUUUUGCCUCAUCGCCGCGAUCUGAACACUUAGACAAGUCAUGUGAAGGUUCACUCUCAUCCAUUUCGGUGAAUUCCUUUGAUUCAACCUUAUCUUCUUCCUCCGAUCACACCGACGAUGAUACGGCUUCGUCUUCUCAUCAUUCAAAUGGUCCUCUCUUUCAGUUAUCUUCACUCAUGGAUCAACUUCCAAUCAAGAAAGGGUUGUCAAAGUAUUAUGAAGGGAAGUCACAGUCCUACACUUCACUAUCCAAUGUGAGAUGCCUUGAAGAUUUAGCAAAGAAGGAGAGUCCAUAUAGAAGAAGGAUGAAGCUAAGUAAGAGCUAUGGAGGAGGGCUUGAUGUGAGCCAUAAGGCUAAUUUUGGUCCCAGGCCAUGUAGUAAGACUAUAAGUAAGAAAAGUUCAAGGAGUUCUUGCUCUUCUUUGGGUGCUUUAAUAAGAAGCAGCAGUAAUCUUCAUUGCAGCAGCAAACCUCCUCCAAUUCCUGUCCAUAAGAAUAACUUGCCUCACUUUUCUCUUAAUUAAAAUAUUAAUGAAUUAACUAGUGGAGAUUGUUUUAUUUGUUAAACUAUGCUUGUUUGAACAAUGUAUACAGAAGGAUGAUUGAUUUCUGAAUUGUUAGAAAGUUUUAAUUGAUCUGUAAUUUAUUUUUUCUCUGAAGUUUAUGAAAUUUGAUGCAAGAACAGUAUUAUAUAUGU